AUCCUCCGAACAUUCUCUGGGUCUUGCAUCUUUUACCUGACCCAGGCCGGGAGGACAAAGCACUCGGGCAGCGAGUAGGUCGUGUCCAUUCACGCGGCAGCGGGGAAACCUUAGUAGUUAGUACUACUACGCUUACACAAUCCAGCGGGGAAGACCAUGGGCCACUCAAUCAUCGAUGACGCCAGAACGGCCGAUGGCCAGCUCUCUCCCAGCAAUACGUCACUCGAUGCUCAUCCCGCGCCGCCUCCCUGAUUCCCUUCUACGGUCACCAAUAAAUAUCUUCAUCCCGGGAUGUCUGCUUCUUAAUCUCUCCUGCUUAAUUUCUCCAGAUUAUCAUAACCUGCUAUUAAGUGAACAAUAACCGCAGCGGCUCAACAUAGGUUCUAUAUCUCGCCAGGAUGAAGCUACAUUUGGCUUCGUGCUUGGUGUUUGCUCUGGCAACCGCUGAGGCGGUUGGAGCAUCUAGCUGGUUCAGCAAAGCUGUCUACAAUAAAUGGCAUGAAACGGAGUUAGAACGGUGGCUUUCCGAUCAUGACAUUCCCUACCCUUCUCCCGCCGAUCGCAAAGAUCUCGAGACCCUAGUGAAGUCCAAUUGGGAUACCAAAGUGCAGAAGCCCUUGGGACAUGCUGCUGAGCACUCCACUGAUCACUGGCAUAAUGCCAAAGAAUGGCUCUUCGACACGUGGUCCGACUCUCAGUUGAAGGCAUUCCUCGAUCGCCAUGGCGUCCCUGCUCCUCAGCCACGCAAGCGUGAUGUUCUUCUGAAGACUGCCCGUGAGAACUACGAGACGAUCGCCCACAAGCUUGGGGAGGCUGUUGCUUACCCUGGUAACUGGGUUUAUGAGCAAUGGAGCGAGUCUGAUUUGAAGGAAUGGCUUGAUGAGCGUGGCUGGCCAGUCCCGCAGCCCACAACGCGGGACAGGCUUAUUGCAUCCGUACGCCGAAAUGCUCGAUUGGCUAGUUUGCAUGCGAAGAACAUCGCCGCCUCCGCGUCUGCCUCCGCAGAAGCUGCGCAGGCUACUCUGAGUGAUGCUCUGUUCAAAGCUUGGUCUGAUUCCGACUUGAAGAAGUUCCUCGAUGAGCAUGGUGUCAAGGUGCCGCAAGGUUCUAGACGCAACGAGCUGGUGGCUCUAGCUAGAAAGCAUCGCGCUUCUCUGGUCAGCCAGGCGUCUGAGGCUUCUGCCACCGUUUCCUCCACCGCUACUGAAAUCAUCGGUGCCGCUACAUCUAGGGCAGGUAACCAAUACGCCCAAGCCACCGAUGACGCGCAGCUCAAGGCCCAGGAAUCAUUUGAUGCGGCAGUUGACACCUGGUCCGAUUCGCGUCUGAAGGCCUUCCUUGAUGCCCGCGGGGUUCCUGUGCCUCAGAGCAGCAAGCGCGAUGAGCUGCUCGCUAAGGUGAGGCUCAACGCCCACAAGGCAGCCACUGGCUGGACUGCCUGGACCUUUGAUACCUGGGAUACCGAGCACCUGAAGAAGUAUCUGUCAUCCAUGAACGCCAAGGCUUCUCAUCGCGCGGAUAUUACCCGCGACGAGCUUGUGAAGCAAGCCCAGGACACCUACGCCAAGGCCUCUAAGUCUGGAGGAACAAAUCUUGCAUCUGCUACCUCCUACAUGGCGCAGGCCACCGACGCAGCCAAGGAUUCCGCAUUUGACACCUGGACUCAUUCGGACCUCAAGUCGUAUCUUGACUCGUACGGCAUCCCAGUCUACCAGGGCUCUGGCAUCAACGAACUCCGCGCGGCAGCUCGCCGGAACGCCCAGUACUUCCGAUACGGCACCUCAAGCCCUCAGGGUACAAUCUUUGCUAAGUUGCAAGAUGUCAGCCAGUGGGUUCUGGAUCAGUUGAAGAUUGGCGCGUCCAGUGGUAGAGCCCAGGGCCAGGAAGCCGCUGAAAAGGCCAAGGCCAAGGGCCAAGAGGCUGCUGAGAAAGCUCAGGCUAAAGGCCAGGAAGCCGCCGAGAAGGCGCAGGCCAAGGGUUCCGAUACGGCCGAGAGCCUCCGUGUCGAGCUAUAACUCAAUCUGAUUUCUUGAUGUUCAUGUUGCCGGCUGGGCGUUGUUCGUGGGAUACGACUUUAUGACAUCACAUAAUAACUGCACUAUGCGGUUGAGACGGUCUAUGAUACUUGUUUCUAGUUGCGAGGUGCAAAAGCUGGACAGGGGAGGCUGAACUCUGGUUUAAUGUAUUAGUCUUUGAGAAAUUCCAAACCAUCCAUUAUAAUUGUCCAA